AAACACUAUUGGGAAGACGAAACAACUAGUUUACUUCGUAAGAUUUGCCCAACACAAAAUUUGUUACACAAUGAAAGAAGAGAACAACAACAUGGAAGGAAAAGAAAAUAAUAAAAUUGAAUUAUCAUACACAACGGAAGAUGAUGAAGAUGAAAUAAACUACCAACAACUGUUUGCAAAUUUCGCAUCGAAUACUACAGCACAUGGAUUUGGUCAAAUAACACUGACACAAAAUAUACCAAUAAAGGUGUUUUGGAUUUUAACCUUGCUCGCAUGUCAUAUAGUGUUAUACUUCCAAAUCACACCAUUAGUGGAACAGUAUUCAAGAAAACCAACAAGCACAAAGAUCUAUCUUCAGGAUGAAACAUCCACUUAUUUUCCUGUUAUUGUUCUCUGUAAUGAAAAUGCAAUAAAAUUGGAAAAACUGGGGAGUCUAGAGGCAUUGCUAAAUAAUAAAACAGUAAAUAGCAAGUCAGCCAACUCUACUCAAAUCGUUGUACAAAAUCGUACACAAUAUUCCUACAGAAUAUACGAUGAUUAUGGAAAUUUCACAGAACAUUAUUACUAUGUAAAUGAUUCCCUAACAGUAGAGGAUGAAUUUUUUACACAAACUGAAUUUAAGAAGAAGUACAAAUCAUCCAUUGAUGCACUUGUACUUCUUGAUAAAGACGAGUUGUUUGAAUAUGGUACAAGUUUGGACGAAAUGGUUGUGUCUUGUCAAUGGAAAUUUAAAGAGUGUUUAUCAAAUGAGGCUGGAGCCUUUUGGCACAAGUUCUGGCAUUGGAAGUAUGGCACUUGCCAUGUGUUUAACUCUGGUCUGUCACAAAAUGGCACAGAAGAAGAUAUCUUAAGUGUCAGCAGCCCGGGUCCUGAUAAUGCAUUGAGUUUAACUCUUUUUAUAAAUCAAUCCCAGUAUAAUCCCAAUGUCACUGAUGCUGCUGGCAUUCGGUUUUAUAUUGGAGAUCAAGGAAAACUCUACUCCCCUUAUGCUCAAGGACACAGCUUGUCGCCGGGAUCCUCGUAUUUUGUAGGAGUAAGAAAGAGAAACAUAAUACGUGUGGACCCUUUUCAAAAUGAUACUUGCAAAAAGCACCAUAAAACUAAUUUACAAAAUCCAGUCACACAAAAUGUAUUAACAAAAUACAGCAAAGAACUUUGCAAAUACUUGUGUUUAGCAGAAACACAACUUUAUUAUUGUGGUUGUAUUGAAUAUUAUUUGCCUAAAACUGUAUCGGAAAAUGAAACAUGCACGUCCGAAAGUCAGCGGUUGUGCACAGCCAAGCCUCAUGAAAAUUUUACGAUUGCCAAUGCUGAGUGCAUAACAAAGUGCACUCCGCCAUGUAACGAAAUUUCUUACAGCACACAAAUUUCCAUGCAAAAAUACCCAAACCUUAAAUACGAAGAAGUGGACAGUAAUAAACUAUUUUCUGUUCAAAAAGGAGACAUUGAUUAUUUAAAAGUUACUUUCUACUAUGAAACUAUGGAAACUGAAGUUUGGGAAGAUGAAGAGGUUUAUGGUAUUGUGAAUCUUCUUGCAGACAUUGGUGGUCAAUUGGGAUUAUUUUCAGGUUAUUCAGUUUUCACCAUGAUUGAAUUUCUUUUCUUCUUUUUUUAUAUCGGAGCCCAUACAGUUUAUUUCAUCAUCCCUCGAAGACGAAUAGCUUAUCAAGGCUAAAUUCGCAAUUACUUAAUCAAUCUUAACAGCCACUAAUACCAAUUAUUGGUUUGAUUAAUCAAAGGUAGGUUCUGCAUGAAGAGAGGGGUGAAGAGACAAAAAACACACAGUAUAAUUAAGCAAGUGCAAAAAACCAUAAAAACGAUUAGAUUUUGU